AUGGACGCGGCCAAGGUGCCCAAGCUGGCGGCGUCAGCCUGGCGCCGGGUGCUGACCGUGGCCUUCGCGCUGCUGGUGCUGGGGGUCCUGGCCUGGGCCUACGUGACGGGCCUGCAGCUGGCGGCCGACCGCUACCACGUCAUGGCCUUCGGGCUCUACGGCGUCCUGUUGGCUGCCCACCUGGUGACGCAGAGCGCCUUCGCCUGGCGUGAGCACCGCCGCAUGCGGGCAGGAGCCGGUGCCGCCUGCUCCUACACCCGCACUGUGGCCCUCACCAUCUCGGCCUACCAGGAGGACCCGGCCUACCUGCGCCAGUGCCUGGAGUCGGUGCGGGCCCUGCACUACCCGCCCGACAAGCUCCGCGUUAUCCUGGUCAUCGACGGCAACAGCCCUGACGACCGCUACAUGCUGGACAUGUUUGCCGAGGUCUUCGCCGGCGAGGACGUGGGCACUUACGUGUGGGAGGGCAACUAUCACCACCCGGCCGUCGCCAAGAUGGCAGAGGGCAGAAGCCUCAGCGCUGGGGAGACGCCGUCGGCCUACACCACGACGGCGGGCGGGGAAGGCUUGAAUACUAUGGAGACCAAGAUGGCGGAGGGCAGAGGCCCUGUCGGCAUGGAGGCACCGUUGGCCUACACCAGUAUGGUGGAAGGUGAAGGGCCCGUUGCUACGGAGACGCCACGGGGCUACACCAAGAUGGCAGAAGGCAGAGACCGCAUCACCAUGGAGACACCGUUCACCUACAGCAGCAAGGUGGAAGAUGAAAGGCCUGUUACUACGGAGAUGGCAACAGGCUCCACCAAGAUGGUGGAUGGAGUAGGUCGCAUUGCCGUGGAGACGGCCUACACGGAGACGGGCCCAGGGACGCCCUCAGCCUACACCAAGGUGGAGAUGCGUGCAGGCCCCGUCGCCACGGAAAGGCCCUCGGCUUGCGCCAAGAUGGCGGCAGGCGGCGGCCCCGUCACCAUGGAGAUGCCCUCAGCUGACGUGGAGGAGCUGGGUGGGGGACCGCCGGCAGCCUACGCGGAGGUGGAGAUGGAGGACCCAGGACGGCUGGUGGUGGAGGAGCUGGUGCACACCCGGCGCUGUGUCUGCAUCAUGCAGCGCUGGGGGGGGAAGCGCGAGGUCAUGUACACGGCCUUCCGGGCGCUGGGCGAUGCCGUGGACUACGUCCAGGUUUGCGACUCGGACACCAAGCUGGACCCAGCGGCCACGGUGGAACUGGUGAAGGUGCUGGAGUCCAACGAACGUUAUGGGGCAGUUGGAGGCGACGUGCGGAUCCUCAACGUCAGUGACUCCUUCAUCAGCUUCAUGAGCAGCCUGAGAUACUGGAUGGCCUUCAACAUCGAGCGGGCCUGCCAGUCCUACUUUGACUGCGUCUCCUGCAUCAGCGGGCCCCUUGGCCUGUACCGCAACAACCUGCUGCAGCAGUUCCUGGAGUCAUGGUACAACCAGAAGUUCCUGGGCACCCACUGUACCUUUGGGGAUGACCGGCACCUCACCAACCGCAUGCUCAGCAUCGGCUACGCCACCAAGUACACAGCCCGUUCCCGCUGCUACUCGGAGACACCAGCUGGGUUCCUGCGGUGGCUGACGCAGCAGACGCGCUGGACCAAGUCCUACUUCCGGGAGUGGCUGUACAACGCGCUGUGGUGGCACCGGCACCACCCCUGGAUGGCCUACGAGGCAGUGGUGGCCGGCGCCUUCCCUUUCUCCGUCACAGCCACGUUACUGCGGCUCUUCUACGGGGGGAGCCUCUGGGACGUGCUGUGGGUGCUGCUGUGCGUGCAGCUGGUAGCCGUGCUCAAGGCACUGUACGCUGCCAGCCUGCGCGGCCACCCUGUCAUGCUGCUCAUGUCUGUCUAUGCCGUGCUGUACAUGGGUGGCCUACUACCAGCCAAGUACUUGGCCAUGGCCACCAUGAACCAAAGCGCCUGGGGCACAUCCGGGCGGCGCCGCAUGGUGGGUAACUACCUCCCGUUGCUGCCUCUCGGCAUCUGGGGCCUGCUGCUGCUGGGGGGGCUGCUUUACACAGCCGCUGCCGAGGCCCGGUCUGACUGGAGUGGUGAGGCCAAGCAGGCUGAGAAAGCCUACCUAGUAGUAGGGGCUGGGGUCUACAUUGCCUACUGGGCCCUCAUGGCCGGACUCUACUGGGUGUGGGUGCGGCGGGCCCGCCAGGGGAAGCCAGCACCUGGGUUCUCUCCCGGCUCUGACAGAUGA